ACAGCGUUUUGCUGCUGUCAUUAUGAGGAUCAGGGAACCAAAAACAACGGCUUUGAUUUUUGCCUCAGGAAAGAUGGUUUGCACAGGUGCAAAGAGCGAGCAGCAGUCAAAACUUGCCGCUAGGAAGUAUGCUCGGAUCAUUCAGAAGCUUGGGUUUCCAGCUAAAUUUAAGGACUUUAAGAUUCAGAACAUUGUGGGAUCCUGUGACGUCAGGCUCGAAGGUCUUGCGUACUCCCAUGGUGCUUUCUCAAGUGCGAGUUAUAUUACCAUUGUCUCUUUUUUACAGUCCCUUUCUCUUGUUUAGGGUUUCUAUCUGUAA